AUGCGGAGGGUGGUUGUGUUUUGGGAAUGGGAAGCUGCGAGGUGGGACGAUCGCGCUCGGCGUUGCCUCGAGAACGAGAGCUUUAUUACGCCUGCCCCCUCAGAGUUCAGCGAAGUGAGGCAGGUUUGGGAGUCGGAGGUGGAGAGGUUGAAAAAGGCUAGGGAUGGGAAAAUCGCAUACGCCCGUCGUCAGGCGGCAAUACGCAGGAAAAUGGUCGAGCGUGCGCACAAAAGAUGGGGAAACAUCAGGGAAUUACUGGGCACAUUCGAGGGAAAGAGUGGGUUGAAGCCUGCCAAACUUGAACAAAAACCUGCAUCUCCACCACCUCAGUCACCACCUCGAGAUCCACCCAAUCCUGCUACACAGUCGGGAGAGGCAGGGAAGCGAAAAGGGGAAAAGGACAAGGAAGAGAAAGUUGAAGACGAUUCUAGGAUCUGGUAUGAUUAUCACGAUUACAAAAGACCUCUCGUCACCUUCGUCUUCAUGUAUCGACCGAGAGCGUUCCUCGAGAAGUACCACAUUGCCAAAGUCGCGCCACCCAUGCGUGAAGCGCGACGUCAGGCAGAACAUUCCAUCUCCGGGGUGUUGAACCCCUCGGCUCCUCUUCUCGACGACGAAGAGGACGACGAUGACUGGGAACUGCAGAUGUUGAACGACUCGGAUGAGGAGGACGACAUGUCUGGUUCUGAGUACUGUGGUUCUGUGGUCGAGACAGAAUCCGAAUGGGACCCCACGGAGUACUGGUCCGAUGCUACUGAAGAGGAGGAACCGAUAUCGAACCAGGACAGUCCCCAACAGGAAUCUCCUGGAGUGGAUGGCGACUCUCUUCUGGAAGAAGACUCGACUUCAGUUUUGCCUCAGAAGCGUCCUCGAGCAGACUCGAUGGACUCCAUGUAUCUUUCCGAAUCCGAAGUUCAUCACGGCUUCAACCCUUCAGUUAGCCCUGAACCAACCUUACCCACCGUUGACCAUUCCCGGGACCGAACUUCGCCAAUUUCUCCACCCCCAGAAAGGGCCAUUUCGAACUCGAGAACUACAGAUCUCCAAGAAGAUGACGAUGACAUGAACGACGGGGAGGUUACAAUUAGCGCUGAGUUGAACCAGGACACCCGAUGCCCAUCCGAGAACCCAUCCUUUUCAGGAGUGGGCCAGGUAGGGGAUGAAUUGCCGUCUAGAAGCCAGACUGGACAACCAGAGGCCCCUUCCUCCGACGCAGACAUGUUUACUCCAUCUCGCUCGUCUUCUAACCCGACCCUGAUCGGCACCUCUGAAUCGCCUACCGGGCCCGUAGCCCCACACGGCGCCAAAACCGGAACGAUCACCGUGAAAACCGAAGAGAACUCGUCUGCCGUUUCCGAACUAUCCGACAUGGCACUUAUAGCUCCCGGCGCUUUCAACGAGGCUCAGCGGGAACUUCACGACCUUCGACGGAAGUUGAAGCGGGUCGAAGAAGAGCUUGGGCAGAGGGAGACAGAGAGGAAGCUGUUGACCAAGCUUAGAGAUACCUCUCGGGCGUAUCAUCGGUCUGUGAAGAAGGUCAAACUGGAGGAAGGCGCGGAGGCGGAGAAGCCGGUCAACGAUCAGGCGCUGGAGAAUAGGCUGAGGGUGUGCGAAGGGAGAAUCAGGGGCAUCAAGAAGGAGGCUUCCAAAUUGAAGGAAGAGAUAACGCAAUAUGAGGGGGUAAAGAGCAUGUAUGCUGCCUACUUGCCUCAGGAUGUCGAGGCGAAGGUGGAGGUGAAGGAGGAAGGGAUACCGGAAGACGACAUGGUGAUUGAUCUAACAGAGGAUGAUUAG